AUGUUACUACGCGUCAAACAUUUUCCAAACCUCUUCAAACCUCAAUUCCAGCCUCGCACUUCGUUUAGACGCGUCUCAAUUCCAUAUCGCAAGAUGGCUGGCGUUCCUAGUACUUAUGAUGCGCCCGUUCACAUUGCCGUCAUAGGCGGCACUGGUAUCUCUUCCCUACCAGGCUUCACCCUCGCCGCUACACUCGACGUCGACACACCAUGGGGCAAACCAUCAUCACCCGUCUCCAUCCUACAACACCCGUCGCCCUCGACCGGCAAGCCGAUCCCUAUCGCCUUCAUCUCCCGACACGGCCUACACCACGAACUCGCGCCUCAUGAGGUCAAGAACCAGGCUAACAUAGCCGCGCUGCGACACAUCGGUGUACGCACCAUCAUCGCCUUCUCCGCCGUUGGAUCCCUCCAAGAAGAAGUGCGACCGCGCGACUUUGUCAUCCCCGACCAAAUCAUCGACCGUACAAAGGGCAUCCGGCCAUUCACCUUCUUUGAGGGAGGCAUGGUUGGACACGUUGGCUUUGGCGACCCCUUCGAUAAGCAACUGUCCAAGAUAGUCAGGCAGUGCGGACACGCGCUGGAGGGAGACGGCAUCACACUCCACGAGAAGGGACUCCUCAUCUGCAUGGAGGGACCCCAAUUCAGCACACGCGCCGAGUCGAACCUCUACCGUUCGUGGGGCGGCAGCGUCAUCAACAUGUCUGCUCUGCCUGAAGCAAAGCUCGCGCGCGAGGCUGAGAUCGGAUACCAGAUGAUCUGUAUGGCAACAGACUACGACUGCUGGAGGGGCGACGGCUCAGAGGACGUCAAUGUGGAGAUGGUCAUGGCGCACAUGAAGGCAAACGCAGAGAACGCCAGGCGGUUCGUUGGCGCCGUGCUGAACGAGCUCAGCAAGGAGGAGCACACGGAACAAGUGCUUGCUAAGCACCUAGACGGACAGAUGAGAUUCGCAGGCGCCAUGACAAAGAAGGAGGGACGCGGUUCAGAGGCCGAGAAGAAGCUCCAGUGGCUCUUCCCUGGCUACUUCGACUGA